CUCUGGAGCUUUCCCGUUUAUGGUCUGCCUGCAUAGUACUUGCUGUCAGCAGUAAAGAGUAGCAGGUAAGCAAGUGACGUAUGUAACAUGACUCCAAGACACGUGCAAAGUCAAAAGCCAUCAGGUUUGAUAUGACUGAAUUAUAGCACUGCAAAAGGUAUAAAGUGAGACCGAGGUCAGCUUAUAAAACAAGACGAACAAAAGAAUAUACACUGAAAAAUCAUGACUCUUGCAAACACAACUCACAACCGUGUGAUCAACCACGUUGCCGUCCACGUACCAGAUCUCGAAGCCGCCGUGGAUUGGUAUACGAAGCUCUUCGGCUUCCAGCGAAUCAAUUCCGCGCCAAUUACUUGCGAUCGCUCGACGAGCUCUGAGAACUCGAUUUUCCGCCUCUAUGGCACGAAGCUUCAUAAAGUCAAGAUCGCGUUUCUUUCAGCGGGCAAUGGCGUGGGAUUCGAAUUGUUCCAAUUCAUCGAUCCUCCCAUGACGGAACGGGCCGACUUUGAGAAGGACUACCCACGCGGAGGAUUCUUCCAUAUUGCGGUGACGGAUCCUGAUCCGGAAGCAUUGCUUGCGAAGGUGAUCCAGGAAGGUGGGAAACAGAUUGGCGAGACGCAAGAGGUGCCAGAUCCUAAUUCUGGUGAAGGGGUGUCACAGCACACUCUGUACUCCCAAGACCCAUGGGGGAAUGUCGUUGAAAUAUGCAGCUGUAGCUUUGAGAAGCUGCUGGGGAAUCGUUGGUAGUUUUUCUCCUCAAUUUCGAGGAUGUUUCGCGUCACAGUGUGAGUGCGAGGCUAAAAGUAUGUCCACUGGCAGCGACAAUCUGUGUCCUGUUCCUGCCUUCUCAUAUCUAUCACCGCUUUGACG